AAAAUGGAACAAACCCACCGUGUUUCCACCGUGAUUCAAAUCUGCGAGGGACACAACUACAUUUCAACUCAGAGCAGUAACAGAGUUACUAGCUCUGCUAUUGAGGUUAAUCCACAGUAUUGCUCUAUCCAAAAAUUCCCAUAGAAUCGACUCAACUGCGACAAAAACUGCAUAGAAUCCUAUAGACUGUAUUGGUUUCUAUACGGUUUUUGUCGCAUUUGAUUGGAUUCUAUUGGAAUUUUUGGAUAGGGUGGACAAUAAGAUAAAAAAAAUAAUAAAAAAGGAACGUGUGAAGGCAGAAGGACGGUUUGUCCUUCAAAGGGGUUAAACAUACGAUCUGGAGUAAGUCAAAGGACCAAAACCUGACAACAUACAGUAUCCAACAUAGGAAGCUUAUCGCAUACCAGAGGGAACAAACACUCAGAAUUAAUAAUCAUAACAUUCUUUCAAUCCUUGCAUCAUUCCUAAACCUUUGAUUGUGUGGUCCAGUCACUAGUCCUCUCAUCUUCACCAACAGUGACUUACCCUUUACAUGAUUUCAUCAAAAACAUCUCAUUUAACAUUUAAAUUAUCCUAAUUGUGAAUAACACCUCGCAUUUAUUAACAAUCUCAUAUCUCAUAAUUAUUGUAUUUUAUCACUACACAUAGAUCCACUCAUACUUCUAAACAUUUACUCCUAUACGGGGGAAAAAAAAAAAAAUAAUAAUAAUAAUAAACAACAUCAACAACAAAAACAGUAACAAUUAUAAAAAACAUAUAAUAACCAAAAAUUAUCAACAAUAAAACAAAAACAGCAAGUAACAACAAAAGAAAAAGAAGUGCAAUAGGCGAGCAGGGGAAAAAAUCAUCAUAUCAAGAGAAACAAAACAAUAAAAAAAACAAUCACAGCAGUAAGUGGCACAAUGGUCCAAUACGGACGAUAGUCAAGAAGGAAAAAAAAAAAAAAAAAUACCGAGAAUUCGGAAUUGAUAUCUUUUUUGCUAAUAGCCGCGACUCUUGUAUUUGGAUUUCUUCUCGCACUGUACUAAAUAUAUCAUAUUGUGAUCUGAUUUCAAAUGAUCAUAUCUCAUUUGAUAAAAUUAUUACUGUAAAAAUAUUUAUUAUUCAUUGAUCGUUAUAUUUUAAAAACAAUUUAUUAUUUAUUUGCGUUUUAUUUUUCUAGUUUUUAUAUCUCACUUUUGAGUUGCGUAGUGUAGGUUUAUUGCCGGCAAGGCGCCAUUAAAACUAUUAUCAAAGUCGUAACACAUCAAGAUAAAAGAAAGAAUUUCUCGUACGUUAACAGUGUUAUUGUUAUAAUUUUUCGCAUUGCAUUAUAAUACGUUUUAUUUCAUAUUGUUGUGAAUAAAAGUGCUUCUUCAACUUUUUUGUGUUACAAAUUCAAAUAAAGAAUUGUUUUUUUCUUUAUUUGUAUUGAAAUUAUUUAAGGCAAUGGAAGAUUAUCGAAUGGACAAUUGUUCCGAAGCGUAAGAGAUAGUGAAUUUCAUGGUUUUUGUUUUAUUACGAUUCAACAAAUUUAUAAAAUGAAUAUAAACAGAGGUUACUCAAGAAGAAAAAAGCUGAGUCUUACAUACGAAUGGAAGAUUGAAGAAUUUACAUCCUUAAUUAAAUCUGCUCACAGUAAUAAAAAUGAUAUUACACUUAAAUCCCCGUCAUUUUCAACGGGUGCAAAGGUUGGAGACUCGUGGUGUUUAGAAUUAAUCUUACAUAAUGAAAAGUCCAAAAAUACAAAUUUUAUAUCAGUAUUUUUAGAAACAAAUAACAAAAACAAGGAAAUAAGUGCAAAAUUCACGUUAUAUAUUUUAAAAAAUGAUAGAUUAAAAUAUUAUGUUCGCGAGGGUGAUACAAAAAUUUUGGGAAAUGAUCCUGACUGGGGUUAUUCACAGUUUAUUGAAAAGAAGAAAUUACUGGAUGGUAGCAAGGAUUUUUUACCGAUGGAUACUCUAACACUGUGUGUUGAUCUAACUGUGUACGGUGAUUAUGAGACGACCGCCAUUAAUUUUCCAGUAAAAUCUUCUAAACAUAUAGUUGAUGAUUUCAAGGAACUUUUUGAAAGCAAAUUAGGCAGUGAUGUGGUUCUGAUAGUCGGCAAUAAAAAAAUCAAAGCUCAUAAAAGCAUUCUCAUUGCACGGAGCCCAAUACUCGCUGCGAUGUUCACUCACGAAAUGUAUGAAAAUUUAAAUAAUGAAGCUACAAUAACUGAUGUUGAUCCAGAUAUAAUCGAAAAAAUGCUGGAAUUCAUUUAUACAGACCAAGUCACUGAUCUCGACGUCGAUGCUGGUUAUUUAUUAGAAGCUGCGGAUAAGUAUCAGCUUCAGAAAUUAAAAGAAUUGUGUGAAGAAUCGCUGAGCAGAUCGAUAACUGUUAAUAAUGCUGUUGAAGUGUUGAUUUUAGCCGAUCGACAAAAUGCUCCAGACUUGUUGGAUUACGCUGCUCAAUUUAUUGCUAUAAACAUUACGAGUGUAAUCAAAACUGACGAGUAUAAAAAUAUUGAAACUAAAAAUACAGUUUUAUCAGCAUUAUUGAUUAAAAAAUUAGCAGCUAUCAAUUCCGAUCGCGGGCAAAAAAUUAAAUGAAGAGUGGUAAUCUUACAAGUAAAUUCAACUAUUACUUAUAUUUGAAGUUUUUUUUUUAAUAUUCGAAAACUAAACCUUAAGUAACUUUAUUCUAAAUUUUAAUCUUUCUUUGUUUUUUUCUAACAAUUUUUUGCUAAACUGUUGUAUCAAAAUGUUAUUUUUAAUUACAUAUUUCUGGUGCUGAGGGAUGAAUUCAAAUAUAUUCAAUAAUCAAUCAAAUAAAAUGUAUUCAUAUUAAUAGUU